AUGCCUACACUCGGCCUAAUCAACUUCAACAUCGUCUGCGCGACGCUAGGGGGCUUCAUUUCCUUAUUCGGACUUGUCUCUUACCUCUGCAAGGACGUGUUUUACCUGUCCGAGGCUUUGAUCUCCCUCCUGGCUGGCGUCAUCUUCUCCCCACAUGCAGCGAACUUCAUACGACCGGAGGACUAUGCCUUGCAUGACCCACAGAACCUCGAAACAAUCACGCUGCACUUCACCCGUCUCGUCCUCGGCGUGCAGUUGGUCCUUGCUGGCGUGCAGCUGCCCAAACGCUACCUGCAGAUCGAAUGGAAGAGCCUGGCCUUGCUGCUCGGCCCAGGUAUGGCAGCCAUGUGGAUAAGCAGCAGUCUGAUAAUCUGGGCCAUGGUGCCGAAUUUUAAAUUCCUUCAUGCAUUAAUCGUCGGUGCUUGCAUAACUCCGACAGACCCUGUCCUAUCCAACUCUAUUGUCAAGGGGAAGUUUGCCGACAAAAACGUACCCCGUCCGCUGCAGAGGAUCAUUAUUGCCGAGUCAGGCGCUAACGAUGGACUGGGAUAUCCCUUCCUCUUCUUUGGGAUUUAUCUUCUGCAAUAUACUGGCAUGGCAAAGGAGAGUUAUAGUGGUGGUGCUGGGAGAGCCAUGGCGCUGUGGUUUUACGAGACCUGGGCGUAUACGAUCCUUUUGAGUGUUGCAUAUGGAAUCGUGGUGGGUUAUAUUUCGAGGAAAUUGUUGCAUUGGGCCGAGGAGAAGCGCUAUGUUGAUCGGGAGAGUUUUCUAGUAUUUGCUAUUGCUCUUGCAUUGUUCAUCGUGGGUACCUGUGGGUUGAUUGGAACCGAUGAUCUACUUGCUUGUUUCAUUGCUGGGAACGUGUUCACGCAAGAUGACUGGUUUCGUCUCGAGACCAUGGAUGACUCCCUCCAGCCAACCAUUGAUAUGCUACUCAACUUGUCUGUCUUUAUGUGGUUCGGUGCUGUCUGCCCAUGGUCAUCUUUCCUGAACAACAGCGUGAUCCCCAUCUACAGACUUAUCUUCCUAGGUAUUCUGAUCCUCCUAGUCCGAAGACUGCCCAUCGUCUUCGCCAUGCACAAGGGGAUCCACCAGAUCGAGCUAGUCUCGCAAGCCUUGUUCGUCGGAUUCUUCGGCCCGAUUGGCGUAGGAGCCAUCUUCUACCUAUCCAUCAGUCUCGAAUUCCUGCGUGAGAUCCAAGUAAACGGCGAGAUCCCAGAGGAUGUCCAGCAAGUCAUUGAGACCAUCCAAGUGGUAGUCUGGUUCCUAGUCAUCUGCAGCAUUGUUGUUCACGGUCUCUCUGUGCCACUCGGCAAAGCAGGAUAUCACCUCCCACGAACAAUCUCUACUGCAAUGAGCACAAGCAUAAGUACACAUGAUGACCCAUCUCCAGUGCCAAUCUCAAGCAUCAGACAUACCCACAGCACGGCUACACCGCUUGAGCAAGUCGACAGCCAUCAAAGUCAGCGUCGUAAGCGAGGUGUUGCGCGAGAGCAUAACGGACCUUUCACUGGUAUUCAUCGCUCGGUGAUUCGCCCUCGUUCGCCGUCCAACCAGCCUGGUACUGGUCAACCUGAUGAACCAGAGAGACCUGUUCAUCUUGUCUUCCAGGAACCGACUGCUGGUGAAGCUAAUCGUUAA